UUAAAAUAUCAUGCAAAGUAUUACGUUUUAUUACAUCAAUGGAAGACAAAAGAUACUGAUAUUUCAUGAUGACCAGUGCACUAUGUAAACAAGUGACGCAUUGUUUGACCAGUCAUGUUUACUAACAAUAAACUACGACUUUAAAUAUUUUAAAUAAAGGAAAUAUAAAUAAUCAUGAUAAUAAUUGAAGUACGAUCGCAGUGAUUAAAAAAUGGGACGGACCGUAUUUAACGAUAAAUCUACUUAUUUUUUAUUAUCUUCAGCUUCAGGGAAUGUGUAACGGUCCAACCAGAAACUUGAUACAAAUUGUGGAUAUAAAAACUGCCAAAGCUCAGUUAUCUACAGUAAGACUGACCAAAUACUGACAAUGAUUAUUCCGAGACUAGUAUUAGUGCUGGUAUCUUUAUCAUACUACAUAGCAGAAUCCACAGAAUACAAAAGAGUAUGUUACUACACUAAUUGGUCACAGUACAGACUUGGUAAUGGGAAGUUCCUGCCCAGCGAUAUAGAUCCUUACUUGUGUACACAUAUUAUCUAUGCAUUCUGUAAACUCGAAGGCAACAUGGUACAGAAAGUAGAGUACAAUGACUAUGAACUAUAUUCUCAGCUAAAUGAUUUGAAACGACAAAAUCCAUCAUUAAAAACAUUACUAGCGCUAGGUGGUUGGACCGCUGGCAGUGUAGUAUAUUCUCAGAUGGCCAGCACCCAAGAUUCAAGGGCAGAAUUUAUUAGUUCAGCUAUACAGUACCUGAGGAAAUAUAAUUUCGAUGGAUUAGAUAUAGACUGGGAAUAUCCAUCAAACAGGGGAGGUAAACCUGAAGACAAAGUCAACUUUGGAUUACUGGUUAAGGAACUUAAAGAAGCCUUCGACGCAGAGUCCCAGACCUCUGGAUUAGUCUGUCUUCUUUUGACUGCUGCAGUUGCUGCUGGAAAAUACACCGUCGAUACCGCCUAUGAUAUCCCCACAAUGGCACAGUACAUGGAUUUUAUCAACAUUAUGUCGUAUGACCUUCAUGGAUCCUGGCAAUUUACUACGGGACAUAAUAGUCCUUUAUUUCCUAAGUCCAAUGAGUACGGUGAUCAGAAAUACUUAAAUAUUGAUUACGCGGCUAAGUACUGGAAUUCAUCAGGAGUACCGAAAGAAAAAUUAAUUAUUGGUUUAGCUACGUACGGGCGAACAUUCACAUUAGCUGGUAGUCAGACAGGUAUCGGAGCGGCGGCUAGCGGACCAGGUAUUAAAGGACAAUAUACUGGAGAAUCUGGAUUCAUGUCUUAUUAUGAGAUAUGUGCUCUUCAAGACAGUGGAAAAGGCCGUACAGUGUACGACAGUGAACAGAUGGUUCCAUAUUAUACUGACGGUUCAUUGUGGGUUGGCUUCGAUGACGAACUUAGUCUUCAAAUUAAAAUUGAAUGGUUGGUGUCCGAGGGAUAUGGUGGUGCCAUGGUGUGGGCUCUAUCUUUUGAUGAUUUCAGGCAGACAUGUUCUAAAGGUAAUCGCAAAUACCCUCUUUUAAAUACAAUUAAGGAUGGACUGAUUAUUGCCGAGAAUGGUGGCACACUUACAACUCCUGCACUCCCAACUGGAAUGCCUUCUGCAGUGCCGAAAACAUCAGGUCCAACCAGACAAGGAGGGUCUAGUUCAACGACGCAGGGAGGAUCUGGUUCGACGACACAGGGAGGAACUAGUUCAGGCUUCCCAUGCACAGACAAAAUCAGUGGAAUAUAUGCUGAUCCAGCUGAUUGUUCGAAGUUUUAUGAUUGUAAAGGAGGAGUAGCUUUCCACAUGAACUGUCCAACAAACUUACUUUAUAACUCAAACAGAAAAUACUGUGAUUAUCCCAGCAACGUAGUAUGUAUCAUACAAACAGAUACAUCAACCAAGGCAACAUUUCCUCCAAGUUCAUCGUCAGUUUCACCAAUAGGUACCUCAAGCUCUUUUACAUUGACGAUUUCAUCUGAUUCAACAACUUCGUCGUCAUUUGCAUCGACGUCUAGUAUUCAAAAAUCGCCUUCGACUAGUUCAUUCGCUCCAUCUUCAUCCAUUUUAUCAACCUCAAAAUCUCCAUCUUCAAGUCAAAAUUCAAUGUCUUCAUCUAUGAUGCCUGGUACUUCAACAACUCCAACAAUCGAUCUGUCUCCAGCAUUCUGUGCGUCAAAAUCUCUCGGGUUUUAUCCAGUUCCUGCUGACUGUAGCAAGUAUUAUCGCUGUUAUCCCGGAGGGGCAGUACAAGGAUCAUGCCAAGAAGGACUUUAUUGGAAUACUAACACCAAUAUAUGUGAUUGGCCAAGAAAUGUUGAUUGUAGUAGACAGACGGUAACGUCUGCAAAAAGUACGAUGUCAAAAACACAGGAGCCUUCAUCCACAAGUACCCUUAAGUCUUCAACGAGAACAACAUCAACCAAACCUGCAACAAGUAUCAUCAUGUCUUCAAUAACAACAGCAGCUUUAAAUUCUGCUACACAAUCUAUAUCAUUACCAGUUACAAGUGUGAAUACACCUGUCACAACAUCCAGUACCAGUACUAUAACAACGGCGAAAUCAACUAGUACUUCAAAAUCUUCAUCAAUAGUUCCAACGCAGACGACAAUACAUACUUCUGCAACUUCACAACCAUUAGUUACAACGACAUCACCUAAAACAGUAGCUUUAGAUUUCUGUGUUGGAAAGGCUCUUGGGAAUUAUCCACAUCCACAAGAUUGUUCGAAAUAUAUCUCAUGUGUAGGGAUCAUUACAAAAUAUAUACGUAACUGUCCUCCGGCAUUGUGGUGGAAUACUGAAGCAGGGAAUUGUGAUUGGAAAGAGAAUGUUGAUUGUGACCAAUAGUGCUGUAUUAAUGUGCGAACCAAUAUUGAUUAGUAAUAUAAAAAAAAAAAAAAAAAAAAAACGCCCUCAUUUUGUAAACAUUGCCCUAGUCAAAAUGAAAUCCUUAUUAUGAUGUUUCUGUCAAUUAUUUUUAUGAAUACACAACAUUAUAAGAUAUAGAUAAUGUAAUAACUGUUGUUUGAACAUGAAUUUGAAGGAUUUUACUUCAUUUUAACAUGAAGCUUUCUUACAUAUAUUAAUUGUAAUUUAUUUAUAUAAAUGUAUCAUGUUGAUUGAUCUCUUGUGUAAAGGUGCAAUAAAAAUUUGCGGGUUGUUUAAAUCAGAAACAUAAAUAUACACAUAUAUAUGUCUCUGUUUAAAUCUAGUCUUAAUUUAUUUUAUCUAAUAAUUGUCAUCUAGGUCAGUUUGAGGAUUUGACGCUUAAAGUGUUUUAUGUUGUUGUUUUUCUAAAUGAACUGGUAUCGAGCGUCUGUGAUGAAUGUUUUCCCAGAGACAUGUGUCGUUUGCUCUGAAAUUGGUGGUCUUAUAUUUUUACAUGACAAUCCAAUAAUUCAUCAUUUUAUUAAUAGUACAUGCAAUGUUUAAAUCGUUAAUGGUAUUAUUAGUCACAGCUAUAUUAAUUAUUUGCAUAGUAUCAUAAAGGUUUUCUUGUAAGAAGUAAAGUUGAAAUUAAAUUUCCAAGUAUUGAAAUAAAUCAGCUUUGACGUUUGUUCAUCUUGUCAUUUUAAAUCUAUAUAGACAGUUGAUGUGUCAAAUUAACAAAUCGAUUUAUCAUUUCAUCUAUUGUUCAUAUGUUUUACUGUGCAAAAUAGUAUUAUUAAAUUAUAGAGAUGUGGUCUGAUUUCAAAUUAGAAAACUAAACCAACAGACUCAUUAAGCAUGUACCUGAAUUUUUUUAAUCGUUCAUAUCUGAUUUAAUUGAUUAAAAUGGUAAGAAUACA